AUGGCUAGGGCCUUGUUUGCAUGGGGGAGAAACUCAUAAAGAGGAACAAGAACUGUCUCCUUUUAGUCGAGUCGGGUUCGGCUUCAAAGGAGGAAGUGAUGAUGUGAUUAUUAGAGUUAUGUGCAAUAGAGUGGGACACGUGGUCAGUUUUAAGCCUUAGUGUUUGCCAAAGGAAUAAGACUUGCUUUUUCGUGAAGGAACGUGAUCAAAUACUUGGUGAAAAAAAAGAUAGACGAGAAGCAGAUAUUGAACUUCUGGCUUCGUCGGUUGCGAGAGGAAAAAGAAGAGAUACUUGGUUGGAACUUGGCUUCCGGACUAAAACUGAGUAUUUUACAUUAGCAAAGGUGCCACCACCAGUGACCGUGUCUAAUCCUUGCCAACCAGUGAAGAAGCCAUGCAUCAGUAUUCAAGCGAAACUUUCAUGUUAACAUGACCAAAGCCGGAGUGAGUUUGAACAUGAAGAAUACUUACAUCAAAGCCGAUGACUUCCAGCAAAACGAGCUCCGCGUAGCCACAAUCGCAGCCUUGAGCCAACAGAUGCAAAGCGACAGCAGACAUGGAUUGUACGCCACUUCCAAAAAGGACCUUUACGAGCAGGGACCAGUGGCCCAAUGUUCCAAAGCACAGGCUAUUGCCCUGACAGUCUUCGUCUUCACCGCCCUAUUCCUGACCUCUUUGGCCGCCGCUUUCGUCAAACCAUUUAAUAUCGAAUGUCCGGUGGAAGAGAUUGCAGAGGUGGAAGUGCCAUCCGACGAGCCUGAACUAGUUGCCACCAAUGGAGAAGAAUUCCCUUGGGAUGACAUCCGACUCCCCUCUUUUAUUACCCCCAUUCGCUAUGACAUUGAGUUGACGCCGAAUCUCACCACCCAUUGGGUCAAGGGCAUCGAGAAAUUGAUCUUCACCGUGAAAGAGGAGACCAAUUUCAUCGUGUUCCACUCCAAGAAUAUCACCAUCACUAGUCGAACAAUGAACGAACGUCUCAAUGUGGAACGGAUGCUGGAAUAUCCAUUUCGAGAGCAAAUCUACUUAGAGACCGAUGAGUACAUGGUUCCAGGUGUAUCCUACGCUAUUCGGCUCAAGUUCCAGUACAAGUUGUCCAAGCAUUUGGAAGGAUUCUACUUAUCAAGAUACAAUAACGAGGCCGGAGAACAGAGGUUUUUGGCUACCUCUCACUUCGAGCCAACCUAUGCUCGGCGAGCUUUCCCUUGCUUCGACGAACCGGAUUUAAAAGCUAAAUUCCUGAUGACCAUCACUCACGACACGGAGUACUCGGCCUUUUUCAACACUCCCAAGAAGGCUGUUACGGAGGUGCGUGGCAAAAAUAACCUUAUCCGGGAUGAAUUCGAAGAAACCGUGGAUAUGAGCACCUAUUUGGUGGCUUUCGUGGUUUGCGAUUUCGCCCAAGUGCAUUCCAUCACUCAAAAAGGCGUGAAUGUGUCAGUAAUUGCUGCUCCUCAUAAGAUUGGACAAGCCCAAUUUGCCCUGGAAUCCGCCACCAAGAUCAUGGAUUACUACGACGAAUUCUUCGGAAUUCCUUAUCCUCUGCCAAAGGAAGACUUGAUUGCCAUUCCCGACUUUGGUGCUGGAGCCAUGGAGAAUUGGGGCCUAAUCACUUACCGAGAGACGUCUCUGCUUUAUUCUGAGACCCAGACGAGUGCCGACGCCAAGCAAUGGAUUGCGGUGGUCGUGGCGCACGAGUUGGCUCACCAAUGGUUUGGCGAUCUCGUCACCAUGAAAUGGUGGAAUGACUUGUGGUUGAAUGAAGGAUUCGCCAGCUGGAUGGAAUAUCUUGGUGUGGAUCACAUUCAUCCCGAAUGGCGAAUGAUGGACCAAUUCUUUUUGGACAUGGUGGCCCCAGCGCUCGCUUUAGAUUCACUCACCACCUCACAUCCAAUUUCAGUGGAUGUCAAGGAUCCCAAAGAGAUCGAGGCCAUUUUUGACACCAUUUCCUACAAGAAAGGGGCGGCCAUUAUUCACAUGCUCGAGGACCUGGUGGGCGAAAAAACCAUUCGAGACGGACUGACCCAUUACCUGAAGGAGCAUAAAUUCGACAAUGCGGAAACCAACGACUUGUGGGACGCCAUUUCUCGUUCCUGGGACUCGGGAAAGUACGACUUCACAGUGAAAGAGAUGAUGGAUACGUGGACCCUUCAAAUGGGAUAUCCCUUGAUUACUUUCGAUCAGCAAAACGACACGAACAUCUACACUAUCCGACAAGAAAGAUUUCUCAAGUCCAUGAACGUCAAUGACACAGAAAUUCAGGAGCGACGCCACGAACAAGACGAUUAUCAAUGGGUCGUGCCUUUGACCUUCCACACGGAUCUCGAGGACUUCCCCACCCACAAGUUCAUUUUGAACAAAAGCCAAACUAUGGACUUCGAGUUUCCUGGAGACAUGACAUGGUUCAAGGCCAAUUUGAAUGGAACUGGCUUCUACCGAGUCAACUACCCCGCCAGCAAUUGGGACGCCCUGAUCUUGGCCCUGAACACGGACCAUCGCGUGUUCACCCCCGCCGAUCGAGCCCAGUUGAUCAACGACGCCUUUGCACUCGCUCAGGCGGGGCUGCUGCCAUCGACCAAGCCUUUGGACAUGAUCAUGUACUUGCUGAAAGAGAACGAAAUUGUCCCGUGGGCCACGGCCUUGAGACAUCUGAGCGCGUGGAAAGUCACUUUACAGGAGACUGACCUUAUCCCUUUGAUCAACAACUUCAUCCAAACCCUUAUAUCUCCGAUCUACAACAAAGUGGGUUGGGGUGAAACAGGGGAACAUAUGGAAAGACUUCUGCGGAAGCUCAUUUUACGAACAGCCUUGGAUGCGGAUAUGGAGGAGGCUCAAGAAAAGGCCGUGAAAUACUUCCAUGAUUACAAGAACAAGAAUGAGAGUGUGCCACCCAAUCUGAAAGCUGUGGCGUAUUCGGCGGGAGUCAAAUUUGGUGGAUUGGAUGAAUGGAAAUUUGCUUGGACCAUGUUCAAGGAGAGCCACAUCCCCAGUGAGAAGAGUAUCUGGAUGCGGGCUUUGGCUAAUUCUCCCCAUCCUUACAUUCUACAACAGUAUUUGGACGCUACGUUGGACCGCCAAAAGAUCAAGCCCCAAGAUGUGACCUCUGUCUUGGCGGGCGUGGCUAGAAAUCCAGCUGGUGCCAAUUUGGCGUGGCGACAUGUCCAGAUGCAUUGGGACGAGAUUUUGUCCAAUUUUGGCGUGGGAUCCUUUAUAAUUGGCUCGAUUAUUGAAUCCACCACGUCCCACUUCUCCACCGAAUUCGAUUACGAACAGGUGCAAGAUUUCUUCAUACCCAGAAGAACCCAUAUUGGCUCUGGACAAAGGGCUUUGGAUCAAAGUGAGGAGCAGAUCCAGAUCAACAUCGAGUGGCGGCGGGAUCACGAGGAGGAGAUUCGUCGAUGGAUGCAGGCCAAAGUGGGCGCGUCGGCCAAGAUUUUCUGAACCCGGGUUCCGAUACCCAAUAAUCUGUGAUUAGACCCCCC